GUUUUCCACGCCAAAGUCCACCCAGCAUGACGACCAAGGAUCGACCGCACCAAGUGCUGGCCGCUGUGCGACGAGUUCUCUCGGCCGAUGCGUCCGAAGAUGAUCGCCGCCGCGCGGACGCGUUCCUCCAGUCGUACCAAAAGGCGGCGGACGCGAUUCCCAUUGCACUCAUGUGGUUGACACAAGUCCAUAGUCAUGUAGAGGCCCAUGCCCAACUGUUCCUUGUCAAUGCCAUCUACCGUGCCAUUUGCAGUCGCGGAAGCAAGGACAUGGCCAAAUACCAGCACCGCAAAGAAGCAACACCGGCCAUCUCGCCCGCCCAGCUGGUCGUGUCAUGUUUUCACCAACUGUGCCGCCACAUCCACGAGUCAUUCUCGCAAGCGUCCAUACCGAUGAACGUUGCUAACCAGUUUGCAUGUUGCGUGACGGUUUGCAUCCUCGGCAGCACGGACGCCGGCGUCCUACCUACGCUGGACGCGUUGGCAGGCCAAGAGCGGGCAAACACCACCACAACCAACGCGAGCAUGUUGUACUGCAUUGAAAUGGCCGUGAUUCUCGUGUUGCAAUUAGUUCCAGAGGAAAUCCAUAACAAGAGACUCUUGCUUCGCAUCGACCACCGAACGUCCUGGGAAUCCGUGGUCCAAACCGAGUCGGUGUCGGUGUUGACAGCCGUGGAAACGUGUUGGCGUGCUCUGCACAGCCAUGGCCUGCCCAAGCCCCUUCACGACAAAAUGGAGCGUGCCAUCUUCCAGGCGUUUGCAACGUGGGUCGAGCACGGCCGCCUGCCACCGGCUGCGGUUGCCAAUUCGAUGCUGCUGUCGGCCGUGUUGGAGCAAUCGUCGCAGCAACUGAGAAACGAUUCACAUCACGAUAUCGAGUUGCUCGUGGAAGUCAUUCGCGACGUCACCCAAGUGUGCGUGGACGUGGCCUACCAACCCCUUGUGCACGUGCUUCUGCGCUACGCCAUCCACGUUGGCCCGCAUGUCCUUCAGCUUGGCAGUCACCUUCCCACCGAUCUACUGUUGCAAGUGGCCUCUCUUUUGGCAGACAUUGGGCAGCAAGCGUUGGUAUGCCAAGUGCUAGAUGCCACUGCGUCUGAGACCUCGUUGUUCUUGGACGUGCUCUUGGCGUUCACAGCCCAUGCCAACGUCGACGUAGCUGUGAAAACGGUCGAGUUCUGGGCCGACUUGCGUGCGUGGAUUGCAAUCAAUCCAUCGGCAAGUGCCAAGUUGGAUCCAUAUGUGCACCAAGUGCUGCAUGUGUUGCUUCAAAGCACAGAGUACGCACGACUAACAGACCACGCGAGCGACGACUUUUACCAGUACCGCAAGGAUAUGCGCACAGUGUUUCGGUCGCUCACGCAGCCAGCGCUGCACUACCAGCACCAUUUCGUACAAGAGCUCACGACAUUGUUGUUUGAAGAGUUUGCGCGAAAUACCAUUCGCCUGUCCAAGCUGGAGAUGUACCUCCACGCGCUCAGUGCCAUGGCCAAGAUCAUCCCUGAUUCAGACGAGAUGUUUGUGUUCCGUAUCCUAGACAACCUCGCCCGCCUUUGUACAUCGUCUUCGCUGGAUGUGGUGUUGAAGUCGCUGUUGCGCACGACCGCUGUCUUCUUGAGCGUCCUACACACGUGGACAGCACAACACCCUGCCGCCCUCCCCGCCAUCUACGUGAUUCUGUCCAAAUGCUUUGAAUGCUCCGAGGACGACUCAAUAUGCCCUAUGCGCGUGGCCGAAGACCACAUUGGCGCAGUUGCCCUCGUCAAGAUGAGCUCCCGAUGCGCUAAUCUCAUGGCAUCGUCGUCCUCCGAGCUGCACUGGCUACAAGCCAUGAAAGCUGUGUACUGCGCCAACCUCCACGUCGCCCCCAAAAUGACCGACAAGAGCCUCGGGCUCGUGCUAGAGGCAUAUGCGGCCGUGGCGGCCGUGCCACCAGACAACUAUUACGACACGGCCACCCCCGCCGUCGUCGACUUGUGCGGAGUCAUGUUUGACGAAAUGGAAACGCUGGUCCCCCAGAGCAACGACCAUGCCCGCAAGAGCCUCAUGCUCGUGCUGGGCCACCUGCAAACCCUCGUAGCCUCGCUGCCGCCCCCGCUUCCGCCACAUUCGAGUCGUGGGACGCACCCCAUGUUGCACGUGUUCCAACUGAAUUGGUCCACUUUGCACUUGAUCUUCACGCACACCCAGUCGUUGCCGAUCCAGUCCAAGGUCAGCGUCGUGUUCUCGACGCUGUUUCGGCAUGUCGGCGUCGACGCAGCCUCCCUGGCGCUCUCGGUCAUCCCCAUGUUUAUGGACGCGUACGACGCCACCGGCUGCCGUGGUUUCCUCGAUGCCGUUGCUUCGACAUUGCAUUGUGCGUCGAACGAGACGGCGGACCUGAACCGGCUGCUCGUGCUCACGUUCUCGCACGUCGCGAGCCGCGCGUCCCAGCUGUCGCUAGCCGACGACGACCUCGUCGCGGGGGUGUUUGACUUUGUCAUCAUCGGGGGGACGAGUGCCCCGUGGUUGUUUGGUCGAGCGGCGUGCUUCGAGUUCUUCUUCGCGUUCGCCACCGAAGCGUUGAGCCUCGGGUGUGCGAACCCGAGUCUGUUUCGGUUCUUUCAAGCGUCGUGGCAGUGGGCUCAUCUGGCUGCAGCCUCAUCGUCAUCCAAUAAGGCAAUCAUGCAUCCCCCAAAUUCGUUCCACCACGACGUCUGGUCGUACGUCGUGCCACGCAUGCCAGCGUUCUUCCAGCGCCUCUUUGCCGCCACCACCCGCCUUGGACCGACCGCCGUCUUGGAUGACACCAUGGAUGCCGUCGCGGAAACAUUUCUGCACGCGGGGCGUGCGUUCGAGCCCGUGCAACUGGAGCUCUGGACCACCCAAGUGUUGACGUCAGAUGCAGCGUUUCCCAAACCAGGGGUAGCGAUUACAGUCAAGAACGAGUUUGUCGAGUUGAUGCGACAGCCCCACGUGGCCACGGCGCGCAAACUGAGGCGGCUGCUGAAGCAAUUGUGCAGGAAUUAAAUAGAUCUCUUGGUUAUUUUAACUGUAAAUCAAUAGUGUCAACGUGGUGG